GUACGGGACGUCGGCAGCUGUUCCUGUUUCUUUUAUGGGGCUUGGACGUGAGGAAUGUUUUGAAGCUGGACUGUAAAAGUGACGUAUUCGCACUGUACAUGUCAUUAGUCCUGGAGCUUCAUCGACACAGACGCUCUUAUCUGGGCUCUGAAGUGUCUGCGUUUAGACCUGAACUUUGCUUUCCCCUGCGAGGAAUCACCCUUUGAUAGAGCUAAUCAAUUUGCCCUCGUGUUCUCGGCGGGACGCCUGGUUUUGUUUGAGCGUUCGGGGAUUUCGUCGAGCCGCUGCGAUCAUGUGACCCCGAGCUCUCGCACGUAGUCGCCGGGGCCCGAAAGUCAAAUUCAUCACCGGCCUGACAAAAAGAAGAAGCUCUUACUGCCGAGCUUUUCUUUUUUCCCACCUGAGCUUUAAUUUGUGUGAAGUAAUUUUUAAUUUUACGUUUGCAUAUCCUCACAGUCACAGUGUUUGUGUUCGGGCAGCUUAUCGUCAAACAGAGUCGAGGUUCAAAGGUGACGUAGCUAAGGUGAGGCUCUCGUCAAAUAAAGGAGGAAGGACUGUCUAUGCAGGAAGUGGACGGGGAGGAAUUCGUGCAGCUGCAGAAGAAUCCGUGCAAAGGCGCAACAUUUCCAUUUCAAACGGGUCCUGCUUAAUACGCCGACCCGCCGGACUUUUGGAGGGGUGCCAGCCUGCGAAAGCGGCGAGCGCACAGCAGCAUCUGCUGAUGAUGCAGUGCCCCUCCGUCUCUCGACCCCCCCCCUCCGCAGGAUGUGAAGUGGUAGAUGCCUGUUACAUGAUAUGAAGCAUGUUGAGCGAAGGGAGCAGGGCGAGUGUUUGGGAUACGGAGCAGCACAGUCGCAGGGAGACGGGGGGGAAACAAAAAAAAAAAAAAAGUGCGCCGGUGUUAGGUGUCGUAUCCCUGCAACAGUGGAGCCUGUCAACACCUGACCUGGAUCACACACUCUCUGUGUGCCUUUCAGGAUCCUCCCUGGAGUACGUUGUUGUUUGAGGACAGUGGAGGACGGCGUGUCCUCCCUGCCAGUGUGUUUUUAUGCCGCAGCUGGCUGCAGAUGUGUCUCUGCAGAGGAAGUUUGGACCUAAGGAGGACGCUUGCCCGGACUGUCCCGGGGGUCACGGCGUCCUGAACCCCGACGCCGGCCGUCGCUUCUCCUCAUCUGCGCUUCACAAGCCGCCUCUGCACCUCCCUCUGUGGCAUGACUUGGACGCGAUGUCCGAUUCCAGUCUGUGGACUCUGUUGUCAAACUUUGACAGGCCACAUUUCUUCAGCGGAGCCCGCCUGCGCCGGUCUAAAAGCUGCAGAACAAGCAACAGAAAAAGCCUGAUAGGAAGCGGUCAGUCUUCAGGUUUACCUCGUCCUCACUCCCCUCUCUCGUCUCUAACAGGAACAAGUCCACAAGACAGUCCUAGGAAUUUUUCUCCCAGUGCCUCUGCUCAUUUCUCCUUUGCACGAAGUCAUUGCCACAGAGCAGACAGAACCGAUGGUCGCCGCUGGUCAUUGGCCUCCCUCCCGUCCUCUGGAUAUGGAACCAACACACCGAGCUCCACCGUCUCUUCAUCCUGUUCAUCACAGGAGAAGCUGCACCAGCUGCCCUUCCAGCCCACGCCGGACGAACUGCACUUCCUCUCCAAGCACUUCUGCACCGAGAGCAUCUCCGGGGACGAAUGCCGCAGGGCGACAGCCAUGCGACCCCGCUCACGCAGUCUCAGCCCUGGAAGAUCUCCGUCUUGUUACGACCAUGAGAUUAUCAUGAUGAAUCACGUCUACAAGGAGCGGUUUCCUAAGGCCACAGCUCAGAUGGAGGAAAGGAUUCAGGAGAUCAUACGCAGUAGCUCUCCAGAGAGCGUCCUCCCGUUGGCAGAUGGCGUGCUCGGCUUUGCCCACCACCAGAUAAUUGAACUGGCCCGGGACUGUCUGGAGAAGAGCCGGCUAGGACUCAUCACCUCCAGCUACUUCUGCGAACUCACUGACAAGCUGGAAAGGCUCGUCCAGGAGUCGACGGAGAGGUCAGAAAGCGAGGAGGUCAACUUCAUCCGAGAGCUGGUGAAGAAGAUCCUCAUUGUGAUCGCCCGACCUGCUCGACUUCUGGAAUGUCUGGAGUUUGACCCGGAGGAAUUUUACCACCUCCUGGAGGCGGCUGAAGGACACGCUAAAGAGGGCCAGGGCAUCAAAACGGACAUCCCUCGUUACAUCAUCAGCCAGCUGGGACUCACUCGGGAUCCUCUGGAAGAAAUUGCUCAGCUCACCAGCUGUGACAGUGGCAUCGCAGAAACCCCAGAAACAGAUGACUCCUCUCACAGCCUCAGCACAGCCCUGCGAUACCGGAGGAAACCCUGCGAAUUGGACUUUGAGAUGACAAAACUCAUCAGCAACGGCGCCUACGGGGCUGUUUAUCUGGUUCGGCACAAGGAGACCAAGCAGCGGUUUGCCAUGAAAAAGAUCAACAAGCAGAAUCUGAUUUUGAGGAAUCAAAUACAACAGGCCUUUGUGGAGAGAGACAUCCUCACCUUUGCCGAGAACCCCUUUGUGGUGUCCAUGUACUGCUCCUUUGAGACACGGCGGCACCUGUGCAUGGUGAUGGAGUACGUUGAAGGAGGCGACUGCGCCACCCUUUUGAAGAACAUGGGCCCGCUGCCCGUGGACAUGGCCAGGAUGUACUUUGCGGAGACGGUGCUGGCUCUGGAGUAUCUGCACAACUACGGCAUCGUCCACCGAGAUCUCAAACCCGACAAUCUGCUGGUGACUUCCAUGGGCCACAUUAAACUCACAGACUUCGGUCUUUCCAAAGUCGGCCUGAUGAACAUGACCACCAACCUGUAUGAAGGACACAUAGAGAAAGAUGCCAGAGAGUUCUCCGAUAAGCAGGUUUGUGGAACUCCAGAGUAUAUUGCUCCAGAGGUGAUUCUGAGACAAGGCUACGGGAAGCCGGUGGACUGGUGGGCUAUGGGCAUCAUCCUCUAUGAGUUCCUUGUGGGCUGUGUGCCGUUCUUUGGAGACACACCAGAGGAGCUGUUUGGACAGGUCAUCAGUGACGAGAUCAACUGGCCCGAAGGUGAAGACGCUCCUCCUCCCGACGCCCAGGAACUCAUCACUUUGCUGCUGAGACAGAACCCUCUGGAAAGGAUGGGUGCAGGUGGAGCCGCCGAAGUGAAGCAGCAUCAGUUUUUCCACAACCUGGACUGGAACAGUCUGCUGAGGCAGAAGGCCGAGUUCAUCCCUCAGCUGGAGUCUGAAGACGACACAAGCUACUUCGACACUCGCUCUGAGAGAUACCAUCACCUGGAGACGGAGGAAGAAGACACGAACGAUGAAGACUUUAAUGUGGAGCUGCGUCAGUUCUCCUCGUGUUCUCACCGGUUCUCUAAGGUUUACAGCAGCCUGGAUUUGUCUCGUGGACACCUGGAGGAGAAAGGAGAGACGGAGGAGAAGAAGAGCGAGAGCCCGCUGACUGUGGACUCUCUCAGCUGGACGCCAGACUUUGCUGAAAUGCCCUCGCUGUCCCACUCCACGGACACCGACAGCAUAAAUCAGGGCCCUCGCCCCAGUUUGCUCCCAAAGUUUGCCAUCUCAGCCGAGAGCGAGGGGGACGAGACGUCGGGCCUCGGCGACCCCAGCAAGGCCUCCUUCUCCAUCGGAGAGCUGCCGCAGGACGAGCCUGACGCCACCACUCCGGGCAGCACCCACAGCGGGGCCACGCUCUCCGGAAGUUUCUCAGAACAUCUGGACCAGCUGACGCCCAGAGGUGAAGGCUUGGAGAGCCCCGACAGCACCAGUCACACCUCUGCAGACCAGGAGCCUCAGACCAACUCUCUACGACCUGAGAGCGCUGCAGAGAAGACGGGAGCCGUCGCCAAAGUCCCAAAGUCUGUGUCAACCGGCGCCCUCUCUCUUAUGAUCCCUGCAGAUGUCUUCGGGGUGUCUCCGCUGGCCAGCCCCCUGUCUCCUUACUCCCUGUCCUCGGACCCUUCGUCCAGAGACUCGUCUCCGAGCAGAGACUCCUCGCUCUGCGCCGCUAACCCUCGGCAGCCCGUCGUCAUCCACAGCUCUGGGAAGAAGUUCGGCUUCACGCUGAGGGCGAUAAGAGUUUACGCCUGUGACGGUGACAUCUACACUGUCUACCAUAUGGUCUGGAAUGUAGAGGACGGUGGACCUGCACACAAAGCAGGACUCAAAGCUGGAGACCUGAUCACUCAUGUGAACGGAGAACCGGUCCACGGCCUCGUCCACACCGAGGUGGUGGAGCUCCUCCUUAAGAGCGGCAGCAAAGUGACCAUCUCUACGACCCCCUUUGAGAAUACUUCAAUAAAAACUGGUCCAGCCCGGAGGAACAGCUACAGGAGCAAGAUGGUCAGAUGUGGCAAGAAGCCCAAGAAGGAGAAGACGCCAGAAAGGCGGCGCUCUCUUUUCCGACGCUUCGCCAUGCAGCCCUCCCCUCUUCUGCACACCAGCCGAAGCUUCUCCUCCCUCAACCACUCUCUGUCCUCUGGUGAGAGUCUCCCCGGCUCCCCCACACACAGUCUCUCCCCUCGUUCCCCCACCGCCGCCUUCCGCCCCGCACCAGAUUUCACCCAGUCAGGUGGCAACUCCUCCCAGAGUAGCUCCCCCAGCUCCAGCGCUCCAAACUCCCCCGCGGGCUCCGGCCACAUCCGCCCCAGCACCCUGCACGGCCUCGGCCCCAAGCUGCCGGCUCAGAGGCUGCGUCAGGGGCGCCGCAAGUCCGCCAGCAGCAUCCCCCUCUCGCCUCUGGCUCGCACCCCUUCACCCACCCCCCAGCCGACGUCUCCUCAGCGCUCGCCUUCUCCCCUGCUCACUGGGCAUCCCGUUGCCAUUUCCAAGACGGCCCAAGCCUUCCCGACCAAGAUACAUUCCCCUCCCACGAUCGUGCGCCACAUCGUGCGCCCGAAAAGUGCCGAGCCCCCUCGCUCCCCGCUCCUGAAGCGCGUCCAGUCCGAGGAGAAGCUGUCGCCUUCCUACACGGGAGACAAGAAGCACCUGUGUUCCAGAAAGCACAGCUUGGAAGUGACCCAGGAGGAGGUGCAGGACGAGGAGCUGAGGACCGGGGAGCGAGACUACACCGUCCUGCAGAGUGUGGACGAGACGGCCUGCGAGCCUCUGGCGGUGUCCCGCGUCCGACCGGCGGAGCAGGGCUGCUUAAAGAGGCCCGUCGGCCGCAAGAUGAGCCGGCAGGAGUCGGUCGAGGAGCUCGACAAAGAAAAACUGAAGUCCAAGAUGGUCGCCAAGAGGCAGGACUGGUCAGAGAGGAGGGAGUCUCUGCAGAAGCAAGAUGCCCUGCAUGAGCUGGACUCGUCGCCGUUGUGUGGCGACGACAGGGACGAAGGCUUCGUGCUGCGAGGUCAGAGCAAACCUCAGAGCAGCCCUGAGUCCGGCCAUCUGGAGACCAAAGCUGCUAGCACAACUCUGAAAGACGUAUUGUAUAAAAAACUGACCACGCGCGUCUCUGAAGGUGUCAAUGACGCGUCCGGAGGCGGCACUGACGGCGAGGGGGGACUCCGAUCAGCGCUGUGCUCCAUUCAGCCAGAGCGGCAGCACAAUAGACAGGGUAAAGACUCCAUGAAGCCGGACAGGCUGGACUUCAAAGCUCCCACCAUCGAGUUCACCAGGAAGAGGCUGUCGUUUGAAGAACGAGAGGACUGCAUGUGUCGUUUGGCUUCAGGGAUUCACGAGAACCUCCACUUCGGCUCCACCAGGUCCAAGAGCCUCCAGCUGGACUCGGUCAUGUCUCACGAUCACCUGAAGUCGGGGCUGGGGAGCGUUCACUCCAGCCCUGAAGGUUUAGCCCCGAAACAUUUCUCUGGGAGAGGAGAGAGCGCCGUGGAAAAGCUCCAGCUCAUCUCCUCUGCAGAGUCUCCGCUCAGAAAGACCUCCUCUGAAUAUAAACUCGAAGGACGCCACGUCUCCUCUCUCAAGCCUCUGGAGGGCACCCUGGACAUCGGCCUGCUUUCAGGACCUCGCGUCUCAAAAACAGAAACCUGCUUAUCCAAGAUGGCAGAGAACUCAAGCGACACCGUUCCUGUGAGUCCUCCAACUUGGCUCCAGAGCCCCACGGAGAGACAGAUAACCAUCCCCCAGCUAAAAGCCACGGACAAGAUGAAGAGCCCCGUCUCUUGUUCCCCGACCUCCGAAGCCGUUUCUUCUUUAAAUACCGCAGUUGUCUCCAAAGACCAGUCAAAUAACGCACCCGCAGAGACAAAAGUCGGCUCAAGUGGUGAGAAAACACAGGACAGACUCGGCGAAUUCUCGCGGGCCUCGGCCAACAAAUCAGAGGCUUCAACUUUUCCCGUGAAGCCAGAGAGCAGGACCGGUGCGAAGGCCGGUUCUCCGCUGCCUCAUGAACACAGAGGCUCCCGACAUAGCUCCCACUUCUCCUCCUGCGGGAAAACGCCCUCCAUACGGGAGGUGAGCAACGAAGACCAGGACGACGACGCGGAGCAGCAGGAAGUCGCGCCGCACACUACAUCACCGAAUACUGACAGCUCCAAAACAGGAGCCUCUUUCUCUUCUGCAAAGCUGGAGGUUCACAUUAAAACUUCCCCUGCACCCAAACCAGCAGAGACUCCGACUGUAGCCGCCAGUGAACCGACACCUGCGCCGCUGACGCAGAGCACAAACCGCGGUUUGGAAACGGGUCAACUUCAGAACAGCGAGAAGGGAACAGCUAAUGGUGCACGGAACAUGACCUCUGUUUCUGAAGUGAAUGUACAGAACAACCCUGCAUCUGUUCGCGUUCCAGAGAAUGUGGUUUCAAAACAGCAACUGAAGAACAUCUGCUCUUCAAAUACAGACGUUUCUGCGACAACAUCAACAUUUGGUCCUGUACAACACAAUAAAUCUGUCACUUUAAAAUCUGACUGCGGUGAAACAUCUGGAAUCAAGGACACUGUGCAGUCGAACAGAACAGCUGAUGCAGUCAAAACGGACUCAAAUAAGGUCAGGGACCUCUCUGUGGGUGUGCACAAAAAGGAUAACACUGUGUCUGCUGGUGCAAUAAAAGACAGCGGAACAUCGCCGCAGAAGAAAGAAGUUCCCAUUUCACCAAAGACGAAGACGACCGGCAACUCAAAGGAGUCAGAGCAGCCGUCAAAAAACUGUGCGGCUGCAAAAGCACAACACAAAUCCUCCGAUUCAGAACUUUGCACAACCAAGAAAGACGACACUGUGGCCCCUUCAGCGAAACUGAAAACUUCACCUUCAGCAAAUGAAAAUGUUUCAAACCCCAAAAGUAAGUCGAGACCUGACCCGCAGCCCACACCACCCACGUCUGUGAAGACGGAGACGAAAACACAUGAAGUGAAAUCUCACGGCACGGCUGCGCCCGUUCCAGAAGGGAAAGGCAGUCCAAACUCAAAACAGAAGGAAUCUGCGCCGCUGGCUUCAAACGCUCAAGGGAAGAAAGACGCCUCGUUUCUGUCCACCGGAGCCGACAAGAAGGAAGAGCCGACGCAAAGAGAAACCCAGACGCCCAAAAGUUCUGUAGCCACCCCGACUCCCGCAGACUCAAAGACGAAACCUCUCCCUCCUAAAACGUCUUCGGCUCUGAAGUCUGCUGGAGCUCCAACACCAUCUAUUAAACAAAGUCCUCCACACAAAAACCAAGCUACCGUUGUUAAAGAGCAGCGUGACUCGAAACCAAAAGACGUUGCUUCGCCUCUUAGUGCACCUCAACAGCAGCAGCAGCAGCUCAGGAAGGAGUCGUCUGAAGUUUCCUCUCAGCCUGAUCCAGCGCUGCUGCAGAAACCCGCCGUGAAAAAAGAUUCACCGAGCAGCGGAGGCGCCUCCGGCAAGGCCUCAAACUGUGAGUCCGCAGGCAAGGUAUCCAAAGACGGCGGCAAGUCCGAAGCGCUCAAACCGGACGGUCACAAGGCCGCAGAUACCCGAACCACCAACACCACCACCGAGAAGCCGGCGUCCUCCGGCCGCAAGGAGCAGCCCGAGAGGAAGAAGAAAGAAAGCGCUCAAGACGUCACGACGGUGCAGAAAAACCAGAAAAGAGACGCGAGCAGAGCUUCUCCGUCUGCGCCCAAAGACGCUUCGGACAAAGACUCGAGUAGAUGCAAGCAGCAGAAGGAGUCACCGCGUAGCUCCAGCAGCAAAAAGUAAAGAAAGCAGCCGACGUUAUCGCUUCAAGGUUCAAUCAAAGGGUAGAAACGGUUUGCGAGAGCAUCAUCAUGCCUUCUUCUUUUGUGUUUUUUUGUUUGUUUUUGUUGUUUUUGUGUGUGUUUAAGGACCGGGAAAAGCUGUUACACGCUUAGAGACGAAGGUGUUUUUAAUACUACAAACUUGUGACGACACAUUUCUGGGUUUGAAUGUUUGGAAUCAUCAGCCGAUAAUGUCUGGAGUUUUUACUUCAAAGUGAAUGUUUGGAGGUUUUCGUUUUCUGUUUCGCUGAGAGAAAAAAAAAAAAGAAGAAGAAGAAGAAGAAAAAUGCUUUCGUGCAAUCAGUACGUCUUUUUUUGGGUGGGGGGGAGGGAAGGGGGGGGUCACGACGUACUGUAGAGUCAGUGCCAUAAACUAAUUUUUUUGAAUUGCACUCUUACUUGUAGACGCGGAGGACCUGACGUCCAAGUCUUUUAAUGCAGUAGACCACGCGAUGUUUGCCCUGCGGUUUACCGGUUGUCGUAUUCUUUACGUUCAGUGUGAUCUUUUUUUUUUUUUUUUUUUUUAUCGUCAUUGGGUUUUGUGCAGUGGUACACAGAGGGAAUGCACUAAAAAAUUAAAAAUUAAAAAAUAAAACUAAAAGAAAUCCUGAAUUAGUGAAGGGGCCUUAGACUUAUGGGAAAUAAAAACUUGCUGUUCUUAGCAAGUUUAGAUGUGGUGUUUAUUCACAUUCCUCUGACAUCUGUACAUAUAUUUUCUUUUGUUUUUUUAUGCAAUAUGGUGUAAAUAUGUUGUAAAACAGGGACGCGUGGAGGCUUACAUGAUUGUCGUUUGUAUUAUAUGUAUAGAUUUUUGCAGUGUCAUGUUUCGAUAUUAGGAGUUCAGCUUGAUAUAACUGUGUGGUCUGCAGUAAAGCUACCGCCACGUGUUUCAUCGACGUCUUUUAACGUGUCUCAAAAUUAACUUGAAGGGGCGAGAGGGGUUGGGAGGGAGGGAGGAAGGGGGGAGGGAGGGAAGGAGGGGGGGUUGAUGAGAUGAGAAGGCUAUUUCUAAUAAUGUAGCAUCAUAAAAUAAAACUGUGAGGGCGGCCGGCGUUUUCCCGAGAAUGUCUUCAUUGUUGCCGCGGCUAGUUUGAAGAAUUACGACUGUGUGAAAUAUGAAAUGUGGAUCGAGAUGAACCAGCAAUUUACUGCAGUAGAUUUCUAAAAGCUCAUUUUUUGGGGGGGUUAUAACCACGCAAAGAGUCUAAAAGGUUCACAAAGUGCUUCACCGUCAGGGUUUUUUUUUUGUUUUGUUUUUUCCUCCUCUGUGUCCGUGUUGUUCAAGUUGAUGUGUUUGAGCAGCUUCCAGCUUGAAGCGUCGUCCGGGCAAAAGAUUUUCUGAUUGUUUUCAUAGUUCAACAAUUUGAUGUUGGUACUAUACACACAGGUUGUCAUAUAAACACAUACAUAUAUAUAUAUAUAUCAACACUCACGUUCACCUAUUUACACAUAUUUCUAGUCUAUAGACGCCUUUAAAUUGCAAAACCCGAGUGACAACUGGAAAGUAGCACUAGCGUUAGCAGUACUGGCUCAGUAAUCUCGUUUUAUUAUAUAUAUAUAUAUAUAUAUAAACACACACACACACACGGAACAGAAAUCUCUUCACUCAAUCUUGGCAUAUAUCUACACGAAAUGAAAGUCACACACACGGCGCGACAUCGGCUGCAGAGGUUUUUUAAUGCUUGUAGAAUCUGUGUUGUAAAUGUGUUGCUGAUGUGUAGCGGAGAGAACAAAUGCACCUUAAUGUUCGCCAGCGUUCAGUUCAAAGGAGGAAACGUGGGACUGAACGCGGGACUCUGAAUCCAACACUUAACGAUUUGAAUGAAUUUAUUUCAACUAUAUCAACCAUCCGAUCCCCUGCGCACAUAUAAACCCUUUUUUUUUUUUUUAUCAUGUGAAAAAGAAAGAAAAAAAUUCUCAAAGCACAUUCAAUGUUUGUUUACAAAGCAUCAUGGAUGUAUAUUUUGUAUAUUGUUGAUUUGCCAAAUCUAUGUUCUGUGUCACGGAUAAUGUCGUCGUGUGAGGCUCCCUUGCCGCCAGGGUGUUUAAUAAGAACAUUCGUCUGUGCAGUAAUCAGUGUCUUUUUCAAACGUCAGGUUCUUCUUUGUCCGCUCGUCUCUUCAGUUGUUGUUUUGUUUUUUUGUUUUGUUUUUUUUCUUCCUCUGUGUCAAACUAGUAUUAGAUGAACUCGCUUACGAUGGUUUGUCUUUUUAGAACAUGUGCAAUAAAAGUGUUUUGAGUUUUGUAUUUUGCCCAAGGAAAAGCUCUAUGGAUGUCAUAGAUGUUGUAUAUUAAAACAGAUAUUUAUACUUCUAAUGUUGCGUAAUACUGAAAAUAAAAUGGAAUUAUAAAUUA